CUAUUUUCUCAUAUAAUUGCAAAAAUUGCCACAAGACCUUAGGAUUGCAUUUAGCUGCAACAACUUUUUGUUUUUGCUGUUCAAACCACACCAUGUCCUUUAAACUGUUCACCACUCUGGAGGUUUUUGCUCAAGUGACUAUCAACCACUUCCUCUUUGGUGUUUUUCUAAAACCAGACCUUUCAGUUUCAGAACCUUAAGCCAGCACAGACAAGACAUUAGACGUAAUAUUGAUGGGGGUUGUUUGGCAGCAAACAGAAAACACUGAAAAUAGAGAAGAAAAAAACUACAUGUGAAAUAGAUAUCAGCAGAAUGUGCGCACUGUGCCGUCAGUUGGCUUUUGCAACAAGGAAAUGAAACAAAUCCUAAAAGAAAUCCACCAUUAUGAGCUGCAUCAAGAAAAACAAACUUAUUCUAAUCUGAGGGCACUUCAUAUGUCUAAGACGUCCUGAAAAUAUCACAAAACUGUUGUUUUAAAGAAAAAAAUCAGAGGUGAAAGCAGUGAUAAUCGCAAAUCAGGAAUUUCCAACACUGAGUUUUUGGACAGAAAUGGUUUGCAUCAUUUAAAAACAAGCAGGAAGUGAAACUUCACCACAGUUUGGUGGGACAUGAACGUCAUCACUGUGCAGUGAAGGCCUGCGUUUUAGUUCACCCUCACACAGGACGUUGUUGGACUGCUAUGACACAUGGACCUUUAGAAGAAUCAUCCAGGAGUAGAGUUUCAUCCACAAUGUCAGAAACAGAAUUCCUUACAAUCAAACAGACUCCAGAUGCUCCAGGCUAUAAUGCAUCCUCACCACCAUCGUAUUCCUACCAAGGCGAGCAGCCUCCACCUUACUCUGCAGCUCCAGCAACGUACAAUCCAUCCAAACCAGAGACUGCUUCCACCUCUCAGCCCUACGGUGGAUACGAGUCUUUCAGAGACAUAAUCCCAGAGGCUGCAACAGAAACCACUCCAAUUAUAUCCUCAUUGUCUUUUGAUGACGAUACAGUGAGGAGAGGGUUUGUUAGAAAGGUUUUCAGCAUCCUCACUCUCCAGCUGCUGUUCACCUUCAGUGUGGUGUGUGUGUUCACCUUCUCCAGCGUGGUCAAAGAGGCGGUGCAGAAGAACCUGUGGGCCUAUCUCAGCUCCUUCAUCAUCUUUGUUGUGGUGGCUUUCUCUCUCAGUUUGUGCAAGUCCUUCAGCCGACGUCACCCCUGGAACCUUGUGGGACUGGUGGUUGUCACCCUGAGCUUGUCGUACAUGGUGGGGACCAUCGCCUCCUUUCACAACACCACCGCUGUGGUUAUCACUAUGGCAGUAACAUUGGUCAUUACUGUCGCCAUCAUCGCCUUUACUGCACAGACUCGUUAUGAUUUUACUAUUUGUUAUGGCAUCCUGUUGAUCGUGGCUGUGGACUUCGUCAUGUUUGGGUUCUUCUGCACCUUCUACUACUCCUACAUCACUGAUGUCACCUACGGGUGUCUGGGAGCUCUGCUGUAUUCACUGUUCCUCAUGAUCGACUGUCAGCUGAUGAUGGGGUUGAUGAGCCAUCGCCUGGAUCCAGAGGAAUACAUCAACGCUGCUCUUAUGAUUUACCUGGACAUAGUCCUCAUCUUCCUCUACCUGCUCGGGAGGAGGUGAAAGUGUGUGUACAACACACAUAAACCAACAGACACUCCAGCUGAUUGAAAAACCUUCAUUGCUGUGUAUAUAACAUUUUAAGUGAAAAUAAUGAAAGAUUAAUUUCAAUAGAACCUUUUGUCUCAUUUUUACAUUACCAAGACCUAUUUCAUCACAUCUAUGUUGUAUAAAAGAGCUCCAUCAAAAAGUUGGAUCCUGUCAUUCAGAUGCUGCAUUAAAUCAAAGAAAACUUAAGUUUUAGAGCAGGGAGGCAAAAACCAAGGCAAUUUAAUAUUUACAAAUACA